AAAACUAGAUCAUAAAAUUCAUUUGUUAAAAAGUCAUUAUCAAACAACACAUUAUUACACUUUAAUUUUCCCAUUCUCUUCAAACAAACUCCAUCUCUAGCCUAGAACACAAACACAACAAUACGAACCCAAGCCACGUGCCUUCCACGUGUCUCUCCACAUUCACCACCUUCCCACAAAAUCCCCAAAUUUCAUAUACCUACUGAAAAUCCCCAAAUCUUCUUCACCAAAUCCAAAACCCUAACCCUAGAAAUCACCCAAAUUCACACACAAAAUCAACAAAUUCACACACUACAACCAUGGAGCAGCUGAAAACAAUCGGCAGGGAGCUCGCAAUGGGCUCCCAGGGCGGUUUCAACCAGUCAAAAGAGUUUCUCGAUCUCAUCAAAUCAAUCGGCGAAACCAGAUCCAAAUCGGAAGAAGAUCGCAUCGUGUUACACGAGAUCGAAACGUUAAAACGCCGUAUCAACGAGCCAGACAUCCCGAAACGUAAGAUGAAAGAGUAUAUUAUCCGAUUAGUGUAUAUAGAGAUGCUAGGGCACGAUGCAUCGUUCGGUUACAUUCACGCGGUGAAGAUGACGCAUGACGAUUCGGUUUUGCUGAAACGAACCGGUUAUUUGGCGGUUACGUUGUUUUUGAAUGAGGAUCAUGAUUUGAUUAUAUUGAUUGUGAAUACGAUACAGAAGGAUUUGAAAUCGGAUAAUUAUUUGGUGGUGUGUGCCGCGUUGAAUGCGUGUUGUAGGUUGAUUAAUGAGGAGACUGUGCCGGCGGUGAUUGGGAGUGUGGUGGAGUUGUUGGGGCAUCAGAAGGAGGCGGUGCGGAAGAAGGCGGUUAUGGCGUUGCAUAGUUUUUAUCGGAGAGCUCCGUCAUCGGUUAAUCAUCUUGUGGAGAACUUUCGGAAGAAACUUUCUGAUAAUGACCCUGGUGUGAUGGGCGCUACACUUUGCCCUUUAUAUGAUCUCAUCACAAUAGAUGUAAAUCCCUACAAGGAUUUAGUUGCAAGCUUUGUCAACAUUCUUAAACAAGUUGCUGAACGCAGAUUGCCAAAAACUUACGAUUAUCAUCAGACACCUGCUCCUUUCAUACAGAUUAAGUUGCUAAAAAUCCUGGCAUUACUUGGUAGUGGUGACAAAAAGUCCAGUGAGCAAAUGUAUACAGUCAUCGGGGACAUAAUGAGGAAAAGUGACACAACUAGUAACAUAGGAAAUGCCAUUCUUUACGAAUGCAUAUGUUGCAUCUCUUCAAUACUACCGAGUCCCAAAUUAUUGGAAUCCGCUGCUGAUGCAAUUGCUAAAUUCCUCAAGAGUGACAGUCAUAAUUUGAAGUAUAUGGGUAUCGAUGCUCUUGGUCGAUUGAUACGAAUAAAUCCAGAUAUUGCUGAGCAACAUCAACUUGCUGUAAUUGAUUGCUUAGAGGACCCAGAUGACACUCUAAAGAGGAAAACCUUUGAAUUGCUUUAUAAAAUGACGAAAUCGUCCAAUGUGGAAGUGAUAGUAGACCGUAUGAUUGAUUACAUGAUUAGCAUAAAUGAUAGUCAUUAUAAAACCGAAACAGCAUCAAGAUGUGUGGAGCUUGCAGAGCAAUUUGCUCCCAGCAACCAUUGGUUUAUCCAGACAAUGAACAAAGUUUUCCAGCAUGCUGGGGAUUUAGUGAACCCUAAGGUGGCACAUAAUUUGAUGCGGUUAAUUGCUGAGGGAUUUGGAGAGGAUGAUGAUGCGGCAGAUAGCCAGUUGAGAUCAUCCGCUGUGGAAUCUUACCUGAAAAUAGUCGAUGAUCCGAAACUUCCAUCAGCAUUUCUCCAGGUUAUAUGUUGGGUGUUGGGUGAAUACGGAACCGCAGAUGGUAAAUAUUCUGCUUCCUACAUUAGUGGCAAGCUUUGUGACGUGGCAGAAGCACAUUCUAGUGAUGAUACAGUCAAGGCAUAUGCAGUGACCGCACUUAUGAAAGUAUAUUGUUUCGAGAAAGCAGCUGGAAGAAAAGCAAGUUUGUUACCAGAGUGCCAAUCAUUGCUUGAGGAAUUAUCAGCAUCUCACUCAUCCGAUCUUCAACAACGUGCAUAUGAAUUCCAAGCGAUCCUCGAUCUGGAUGCGAACGCCAUAGAGAAUAUAAUGCCUUUAGAUGCAAGCUGUGAAGAUAUUGAGAUCGAUCAGACACUUUCGUUUCUUGAUGGUUAUGUCCAGACGGCGUUAGAACAAGGGGCUGAACCGUAUGUCUCCGAGAAUGAACGAUCUACAACCCUAAAUAUUAGCAGCAUUAGAAACCAUAACGCGUAUGAACAUCCAGCUCAUUCUCUUAGGUUUGAAGCUUACGAGGUUCCAAAACCCGUGGUCCCUACUAAUCUACCCCCAGCGGUUACUUACCCAACCGAAUUAGUACCCGUACCCGAGCCUUCUUAUCAGCCUACCUUAUCUUCAAGACCCAUAUCUGAUGCGGGUUCGGGCUCGACCGACCUAAGGUUACGUCUUGAUGGGGUUCAAAAGAAGUGGGGUGCGCCUACUUACUCAUCUGCUGCAUCCUCGUCCACCUCAAACUUUGAUUCUUUUAGGACCGCGGUUAACGGUGCAACACAAUCGGAUAACGUGCCGGCUAAAUCACGUGAACCGAGACAGCCACCUGUUGAGGUUUCGGAAGAAAAGCAGAAACUGGCUGCAUCACUGUUUGGAGGCAGAACUGAAAGGAAUGAAAGGAAGCAAUCUGGUGGUGCUGUGGGGCACGGUAAGGCUUCAAGAACAACCAAUCACAGAGAAGAUAAACCACAGCCCACGACUGUAACUACAGCAGUUCAGUCACUGGCACCGCCACCUGACUUGCUCGAUUUGGGUGAACCGACUGGUGCCGUGAGUAGUUAUUCUUCCGCUGUGGACCCGUUUAAACAACUAGAAGGUCUUCUUGAUUUGAGCCAAGAUGGUAGCGCUGUUGCUACGACUUCUAGCGGUCCGGAUCUUAUGUCUCUUUAUUCAGACUCAUCGACAAAUGGUCAGAAAGAUAACAUGAAUAGUGCACCGAACUCAAGCAACAGAACAGCAUCAUUGACCAAGGGUCCAAGCCUGAAAGAUGCUUUGGACAAAGAUGCACUUGUUAGGCAAAUGGGUGUAAACCCAUCAAGUCAAAACCCUAACUUAUUCAGCGAUCUGCUCGGUUGAUUAGGUUAGAAUAAGAUAAGGUAUAAAUAUCACAAGCUGAACUUGCACAUAUGAAGCUUUGUUUAAGAAGGUUAAAACAGAUUUGAAGGAAAAACAUGUGUGAUCGGGCUGUUCGUGUCGAGUGGAUGGAUCUCAAGUAAAGAUUUGUGUUUUUGAGUUUCAUAAUGUCGUGUAUUGUUAAGAUUCGUCGGUUGGUCGUUUUGUUUAAUUAAUGGGAGAGAAGUUGUAUUUAGGAAACAAUUGUUCUUGUUGCUACAUAUGCUGGAAAUAUGGUGUAUAUUGUUCCUUUAUGAACCUGUUGUUUUCUUUGAA